GCAUGCUCCUCCGUUGUCAUCUCCUCCAAUUCUUCACCGUGCAAUUUUCAGGCCAUUUGGGGCCUUCAUAUGGGGCCCUUCGCCUCCUUCGUGCCUUUUAGCGCGGCGCCACACUUAUAGCUAAAAAUCUAUCGCGUCGCCCUCUCCAUCUCUGCUAAGAAAUGAAGUCGUAUAGUCUUCAGCGCACGGCCUCGCCGGCGGCAGGCGGCGCGCCAGGGCUCCGGCGGAGCGCGAGCGCGAAGCAGGCACCCUCCCCGUCGCCCCUCGGCGCCUCCUCCUCCCAGUACCAGUCGGUGCGCGCCUCGACGUCCACGACCAGCGCGCCGCGCCACAAGCAGCCGCCGUCCAUCAACUGCAUGGCGGCCACGUCCACGGACACGCCGCCGGCCACCCCCAGGGGCACCAAGCCGCAGCAGCCCAAGUCGGCGUCGUACUCGUCGAUGUUCUCCCCGAGGAAGCUGAUGCAGCGGGCCUCCCGCGCCUUCCGCAGCAGCAGGUCCUCCCGGCGCAAGAAGAACGCGGCGGCCGCGGCGGACGUCGGCGACGUGGACAGCCCCAGGUCGGUCGCAAGCAAGGGGUCCGACGCUGAAAGCAGCGUCUUCUCCUUGGACGAUCAGAUCAUUGACGACGUCGUCGACGCCGGAGCCGCCGCCAAGCAGGAGGAGAUCGUGCCGGAGAAGAUCAUACACGAGGCCAACCCGCCGUCGCCUGUGAUCCAUCAGCUGGCGCCCGUGCCGGAGGAACAGGACGAGGGUCGCAAUAACGGGCCGGAGAAGCAGGACGCUGCCGCCGCAGAGAAGGAGAAGGAGGAGGAGGAGCCCAAGAAGGAGGUGGAGGAGCCGAAGAAGGAGGAGGAGGAGCCCAAGAAGGAAGCUCCUCCUGCUCUGGAGGACACCGUCGCCGAAGAGGACAAGACCGCGGCGGCCAAGAAGCAGCAGCGCGAGGAGGACAUCAAGGCGGAGGUGGUGAGGAGGUUCCAGGGCUGUCGGGUGAGGACGUCGGUGGAGAAGCGGUCGUUCGACGCGGAGACGCCGCGGAGGCGGGAGUCCGCACGCAGCAACGAGGCGAUAGAGGAGGCGCGGACCAAGCUGCUGGAGCUGCGGCAGGUGAACAAGGUGAAGGCGCUCGUGGGCGCCUUCGAGACCGUCAUGGAUGAUAACAACCGCCAAGUCUCCACCGGCAAGCCGCGGCUAAACCUCCGCGUCUGAAGUCUGAACUACAUUCGACAAGCAUGAAGCUCGCACUUCCUCCUUUAUCCCCGCUACUCUUUAAUCACCCAUCAACCCAAUUUGUCGUCGUCGCACUUAUCUAUAAUUAUGGUAUCACUUAUACACAUUUUGCAAGGAGGAAGAUGAUGGAGGGGUUAUUAUGAUAUAAUAAUAAUAAUGAUGAUCAAGGAGGAAGAUGGUGUAUUUUACUUUAUGGAGUAUAUACUAAUAUACACGAUCGCAUCGCUUUCUCCAA